AUGGAACAAAUUACAGAAGAACAAAAACAAGCAAUUUCUAAAAAGAACAUCUUUAUUUUUGAACUCUUAGGGACAUUCUUUUUAGUGUAUAUAAGUGUAUGUAGUCAGUAAUACAAUAAAAUACAAUUAGAAAUGAAGCAUAUUAAGUAGCAUUGGGAUUAUUUGGAUGUAUGCUUGUAUUUGGUAGAUUAAGUGGAGGUCAUUUCAAUCCAGCAAUAACAUUAGCUAUGGCUUUAGGUGGAGGUAUACCAUAUGGCACAAUGUUUUUCUACUUCUUACCUCAAUUUUUAGGAGCAUUUGGUGGGGCUGCAUUAUCAUUUUUAUUAUUGAAUAUGGAUAAGGCUCCAUAUAUAGAAGAGUAAGAAAUUAAGAUAAAUUAGUGAACCUAUAAAAGAAUUAGCUGCAUCAUUAUUUGGAGAAAUGAUAGGAUCUACAAUAUUUUUAAUUUUUACUUUAAUUUGUUUUGUUAAAGAGACUUCAUUAUCUUAAAAUAGAAUAGCCACAUUAGUAAUUUUAUCAUGUAUAUAUUAUGCUUGCAGAGAGUAAUAUUUUCAAAUAUAUUUUGAUAGAUAUACAAUUACAUCUAGUAAUAGUUUACUUAAUCCAGCUGCUGCACUAAGUCUGACUGUCUUUGAUUGUUUAGCCAAGAAUUGGGAUUAGAUGAUUAAUAUGUGGAUUUAUGUGGGAGGACCUAUUGGAGCUGCAAUUUUGGCAACAAUGUUUUAUUCAUAAUUAUACCACUCAGUUACACAUAGAAAAUGAAUUUAUAUAAUAUUAUUCAUGAACUAAGAUGAUUUCGAGGUAUUAUAUAUCGAUGUAGAGAAUAUAAAAGAUCUCAGUUGAAGUUAGUGAUCCAAAGGUUUAAUCGGGACUUAACAAGUAUACAACUUAUUCAGUCCGAGGAAUGGAUAAGAAUGGAUAAUUUGAUGUGAUUAGAAGGUUUAGCGAUUUCAGACUUAUUCGACAAUUCCUUAUAACAAAGUGGCCAGGUUGUUAUAUACCACCACUUCCACCAAGAAAGGCAAUUGUAUAUAUAGAGAGUCUACAACUUUUAGGGAAAUAUGGAUUAGAAGUUCAUAGAUGAUAGAAUGCAUUCAUUAUAAGAAUGGAUGAGGAUUAUGUCUUAAUCGAAGUAUUUCUGGUAUUCUGAAGAAUUUCAAUUAUUUAUAAAGGCUAAUGGUGAUAUUGAAAAAGUAAAUAAAGCACUUAUAAAUAGGCUUUGACUUAAGUACCAAAAUUGACAUACGAUGAAAUAAUCAAUAAAUAUUAAGACACAUUCACUGAUCUUUCAGGAGUAUAUUAAUUUAAUUUAUAGAAAAUAGAGAGAAAUCAAUAGAGAAUUAAUCCAAAAGAUAACAGAUUUUCAUUAAUUUCUAAAAAGAGUAAAUCCUAUGGUUGAGAAUUUUAAGUAAAUUGCUAAGUAUAUUAUCAAAAUAUAAUAGAAAUAUAGCUGAGGCAAGACAGAAUUUUUAAGAAUCAAUGGUCAAUUUCCUUUAAAAUUAAUUGCCUAGUUAUGAAUAGUAAGUCUUACUAGAGUUUAGUGAGAGUUAAGAUAAAUUAGUAAUUUAGAAUAUCAAAAAUGAUGAGUAUCCAUCUUAAUUACUAAAUAAUUACCUUAAUUUAUUACAAUAGAAUGAAUUCCAAUCAUUAUAUUAAGAAAUUAAGAAGGAAUCAAAAUAAGUGAAAGCAUUUUUGGAGACAAUGAUAUAGAGAGAGAAAUAUGAAUAAUAGAAGGUGGUUUAUGAAUAAAAGUAGAAGGAACUUUAAAUUUAAUUAUAAGAAGUGUUAGCAGGGAAAUCUUCAAUAAAGAAUAUAUUUAGUACAUCAAAGAAGGAGGAUCAAAUAGCAAAAUUAUAAGUUUAGAUAGAUUAAGUAUGUAAAGACAUUGAAAAUAUGCAAUUUAUAUGUGAUAUACUUACUGUAUUAUUGGGAUAUAUAGAGAUUGAUAAAUUUAAGGUAUUAAUUAGGUUGAAUGUUAGUUGGAGAAGUAGUAGAAUUAUUAUAGAAUGGCAAAGAGUUUAAUUCAAUAUGAAAUCCAAUUGAGUUAGGUAUCUGAAGAGUUUUGGGAGAGAGUUUAAUAAAAUUAUAAUUUAUUGUGA